UUUAAUGACAUGGCUGACUGUGUCGUUAGUGUGUGCUUGGUCGUGCUUGUGUAACUAAAAACCGCUAUUUUAGACUAAAAAGCAGUAUAAUUGAAUCUACACCUACAAAAGCAACCAAACAGAAAAUCAAACACUACUCAUCAAUAUUGUUUUUUUUUCGCAAAUCGUAAACAACGGGAAAAUACUCAAAACAUUUCAAAUCUUUCACCGAAACCAAGAAUUCGCGACAUUAAUAUUAGUGUUAUCGAGAAAAAAGCCUUAAAGAAAAAUCGUAAUGCAAUUGUGAUCUCCAAGUUUAUUUCUUUUCAUUUUUUGUUUGAAAACCAAACAAAACAAAAAAACUGUUUAUAAAAGAAAAAAAAAGUAUUGAGGGACAGAAGUUAUAACAAAACAACUCAGCACGCAUUUACGACAUCUCUUUGGAACCAAGAUUUAACGGAAACAAGAUACUACUACCAACGCCACCACCAUCAUCAUCAGGGUACAACCUGCCUGCCUGAUUAGCGAGAGAAAAAGGAAGCGGAUACGACAAGUUACUGCUGCCCGGCAGAGUCAACAGCACCAGCUUCAACGUUCACAACCGGAACAUCAGAAGCCGAAGCUGGGCUAGCCGAGCCGUAGAAGCUGCAGCUUACGAACAAAAGCAUCAUCCUCUGGAACGCGUAAGGGCAAGUGUGUUGGAAAGGUGUGUUUAGAUAGACGCAAGUGACGAUUUGAAGUGAAUUAAGAUAACACCAAAACUAAGUAACAUAAAGAACUACACAAGUGAUUACGAUUAAAAAAAAAAAACAAACAAAAAAAACGGAAGCCAAAAAGCAAAGUAACAAGUAUUGUCUAUUGAUUUUCGAAAGUUACGAUUGCGUUGUCAUUCUAUUUCGGUUUUGGUGAGCAAUCGUGUUUUGGACUGAACUCUGAAGAGACGUUUCAUUUCGAGUUCUACGUUGGAUUCCGCCAUCACACGGUUUAUAAUAAGUGCGCCAACAUUCAACAAUAAACUGAGAAAACACGUGAUUAAAUAUCCGGACAACUGAAGAAAACUACACCCAAGUACAAAGUACCACAGAAAAAAAAAUAUAACAAAACUUUUCAAUUCAAACAAGGGAUACAUAACACAUUGCGUUAAGUUGAUUUUUUAAAUAACAGAGUACGGUUAGGACUUAGUUGAUAAAUUUACCACUUUUGCUCUUCGUGAAUUCUUUCUUUCUAAAACAAAACAAAAACACUGAAGAAAUAAGUGAAUGUGAACGGUGUGUGGUGGUCUGUGCAGCAAGAAGUAAACCAGUUUUACACAAGGUACGAACUCUAUAGGAAAUAUUUAACAAAUCUGAAAGUCUAAAGUGGAAAAACAAGAGAAAUUUAAAAUUCUGAAAUAUAAAGAAUACAAAUAAAACCAUUCUGUGAUAAAGUUUAAAAAGUAAACAAGUAAACAAAAGUAAGCUACGUUUAUUGAUGCAAAUGUUAGUCUAAGCUAAGAAGUAAGUGAAAAACCCCCAUCCCCUGUAAAGGGUGCUACACGAAAUAAUAAUAAUAACACUAAGCAAAACGAAGAAACACGACAAACAAUAGGUGAACAGUGAAGGGAAAAAAAGGGGAAAACAUUUCCUAACGUAACCAGCAGUGGACGGAACGGAAAAGACUAAGUGAACUAGCGACGAAAACAAAACCGUAACCGGAUAGUGAUUCCUUUUACAUAUAGAAAUUAUUUGCCGAUAAGCAACCGAUUAGCUUUUAUUUAUCGAAUUUUCCUCUUGUUUUUUAUUGUUUAAGUUGAGUUUGCAAGUGAAAGAACAAAAACAUUUGUAAAAGAAUUUACGAUAAGGCUGAUUUGUGAAUAUAGAAACCAAAUUAAAAUAAUAAUAAUAAUAAUUAGUGGAUGAAAGCAACUAGAUAAAAACAACCAUUUUGCUUCGUAAUAAGCAAAUAAGUCGCUAUCCUCAUAAAUAAAACAAUAUUAACACAAGUGAGCAAUUGUGCAUCUAGUGAACAAUUGAUUUGUGCUUUAGCUCGACAGCAAACGGAAACGGAAACGACGUACCGCGAGGUUCCGUAAACGAUCGAUUGAAAUACCACCGAGUAAUCGACGUCUGAAGAGCGCAGUAGUGUAGCGAUACAUAUUAGAACUGGUUUGGUUACAGAAUUUGGUGUAGCGAAGUGAAUGUGCAGAGAUCUUCAGUGAAGAGAAAAAGUUCUAGAUCCGGGUAGAACUGAUACCGUCGCGAGAGAAGUGAGUGUAGUGUGAUCGUGAUCGAGUGGGAUCAGAGAAGCAGCAAUUAAUUACAGUUCGAGUACAACAGGUGAAACCCAAACCGUCAAAGUGGACGCACUGUCGCGCUCUCGGCGGGUGACGGGACCGAUUCCGGAGACGCUGUUGAACAUGGGAAGCCAAACGAAACCAUUCCGCUCCGGUGAUGGUCCAUUUUUGGAUUACGUUGACUACGGUCAACGAGACAUGUUCUUCGGUGGUCAAGGAAAUCCCGCUUCUGCUUCGCGAACCCCGAUGACACCGUCGAAUUCGUUUCCACCGAUUGGAACCUUCACGUUGGAAUCUGCCACCAUGGCUACGGCUUCGGCUCCCCCGAACCAAAAUUCGGUCUUUGGCGGAGGGGAUUCGAUGAGUGUGCUCGGUAACUCGGCCGGGAACUCCGGGUCGAUCGGUGUUUUCAAUUCCAACUCCAUGAUGAGCAUGUCUAGCAACGUGGGUACCAGCGGUGGUAGCGGCGGUAACUCUAGCAACUCGUAUGGUAGCGGUCCUCAGAAUAAUAAUGGAUCCGAUGCCAAUCAGGGCACCCGCGAGACCGGCAUCAUUGAGAAGUUAUUGCACUCGUAUGGAUUCAUUCAAUGUUGCGAGCGCCAGGCUAGACUCUUCUUUCACUUUUCUCAGUUCGGUGGUACCAUCGAACAUCUUAAGAUCGGUGACCCGGUUGAGUUCGAGAUGACAUACGAUCGGCGCACUGGGAAACCUAUCGCUAGCCAGGUGUCCAAGAUUGCUCCGGAAGUUGUUCUGUCGGAGGAACGAGUUACUGGAACUGUUACCACCGAACUGAAAACCGAACUGUCGAAUGCAUCCUCAAGUGACACCACAACUGGACGGAUCAGCUACGAGAAUCGGGGUGAAUGUUUUUUCUUACCUUAUACCAAAGAUGAUGUUGAAGGGAAUGUGACGCUGAGGGCUGGCGACAAGGUCAGCUUUCAGAUUGCCACUAAUCAACGCGGUAACUUGGGAGCAUGCCAUAUACGGUUGGAGAAUCCUGUUCAUCCAGUCAAAUAUCGCGGAGUGGUUUGCUCAAUGAAGGAUACUUUCGGAUUCAUCGAACGUGCGGAUGUGGUGAAGGAAAUCUUCUUCCACUUCUCCGAGACGGACAACACAAUUGAAUUGAGACCGGGCGAUGAUGUGGAGUUCAUCAUACAAACUAGAAAUCAGGGCAAAGAAGUCGCGUGCAACAUUGCCCGUCUACCGCCGGGCUCAGUUAUAUUCGAAGAUGUUGAUUCCACUAUCUACAAGGGCCAGGUGCUCAAAUCGUUAGAUCGUAACAACCAGUUGCGGCAACAGAACAACGAUCCGCUACCGGGCCGAAUUAGAUAUAGAGCUGCCGAUCAUUCGGAAGUAGAAGUGCCAUUCGGGGAUAAGGACCAGAAAGGGGACUUUACGCUACGUCAUGGUGACUGGGUACAGUUUCUGCUGGCGACCGAUCGCCGCGAUCAACUGCAACGGGCGACGUCGAUUUCACUCCUGGAUGAAACGUUCCAGGUAUCCGGGGAGAAGCGCGAACAAGGCGUUGUGGCCUCGCUCAAGGAAGGCUUCGGCUUUUUGCGUUGCGUUGAGCGUAACACAAGACUGUUUUUCCACUUUACUGAAGUUUUAGACACGAGUCGCGAAAUUUGCGUGGACGACGAGGUGGAGUUUACUGUUAUCCAAGAUCCGGGAUCAAGUUUUGCGAAUACUCGUCAAAGUGCGAUCCGCAUAAAGCAUCUGCCGACAGGAACAGUGAAGUUCGAGAAUUUAAUCGAAAGUAACGUCGAGGGUAUCGUUUCGCGGGAGGCUCCCAAGAGUCCCACAAAGUCGCAAGAACGUACGGAGGGUGGUGUCAUUUCCUACGGCCAAGGCCCAAACAAAAAGACUAUAAUGUAUUUCUUGAAAGAUUGUGAUAAAGCACCACGCGUGGGUGAUAAAGUUAGAUUCAAUAUCUGUCAAGUUAAGCGUAACAAGGAGUUGAUUGCUACUAACAUUCAAGAAAUCACUAACAAUCCCCAUCAGCUGCAACAACAAACAUCAAUGAAUGCAGCUGUAGAUCCCCAGCAGCUUCUCCAGCAGCAACAACAACAACAGUCUCAGCAAAUGCAAAUUUCUUCACUACAAACACUUCAGCAGGCACCCCAUUCCCCGAGCGCUGGUAUGAACAAUGGAAACCGCACUUUGAAUAACAGUUCCAGUAUGCUGAAAGCUAAUUAUGCCAACGGGAACAUCAAAACCGGGAAGAUUCAACAUGGUUUCAUCGCUGUGUUAAAGGAAAAUUUCGGCUUCAUCGAAACCAUCGAGCAUGAUCAGGAAGUAUUCUUCCACUUUAGUAACUUUAUAGGCAAUACUAGUGCCCUUGAGCUGGGUCACGAGGUCGAGUACUCUUUAUCUACCCGUAGUGCGGUCAAUGCGGGCAACUGCAUUCCGGCCGAGAAUGUUAAAAUUAUUCCCAAAGGUAGCAUCCCACAACCGAAGGUUCUACCGGUGUUGUUCAACGGAAUUGUUCUGCGCCCGUUGCGUUGCAUUAAUCCGGAUCAACUGGAGUAUUGUGGUCUGGUACAGGUGCGCAAUGAAACCGGUGAUGGUCUAUCGACUCACGAGUUCGGUAUCACCAGCCUGAAGAACAAGCGGGACUUGUUGCAGAAGGAUGAUGUCGUAACAUUCAAAAUUGAUGAACAGGGCCGUGCUGUUGAGGUUACAUCGAUCCGCACCAAGAAGCAGGCGAAGGUUGAUUCCGUUAAGGGUUUAUUCGGUUUUCUGGACUUCGAAGUAGAGGAAGGCAAGAAAUUGUUCUUCCACAUGUCCGAGGUUCAAGGGGGCGGUAGUUUGUAUCCCGGCGAUUCGGUGGAGUUCUCCAUUGUCACUAAUCAGCGCAACGGCAAGACAUCCGCCUGUAACAUGAUCAAGGUGGCCGACAUGAACGGAGUACGGGCCGAAAGGCUACUGUCACGCAUCAAAAUUAAUUCGGUUGACGAUAGCGGACCACGUUUGACGGUGAUUCGUGCACCGAAAGGACCAGAUGCUACAAAAGGCUUCCAUAUUUCAGUCAGAGCUCCACGUUUAGUUGGAAUUUGCUUGGAAUAAUCACUUUACACUAUUAUUAAACGAUAAUAACGCUAUUUUUUGUUUUAUUUUUCUACUGAUUUAUUAUUUAAAUUAUUUAAACAAAAUCUUUUUAUUGCUGCUAUAUUAUUGUAAACGUAAACACUAAGUAAUUAUUAUUUAUAACAAUGAAACAACACAAAAAAAAAAACAAACAAACAAACAAAAGAGCAGAAGAUACAGAUCGUGUUUGCGUCGUACAUAUAUGUAUUCAAAGGAAACGAUGUGAGAAAAGAUAGUGAACAGAACAACACAAUAAAUAACGCAUUCAAAUAAGUAACAAAAAUAACUUGCACAUAAACAGUCGUGAGAACAAAGAUUAGUUAAAAGCGUAGGUAAAUUUAUAUCUGCUGCGAGAAUGUAACCAGGAAAAAAUGUUUUUGUAUAAAAAAACAAAUCGCGGACAUCAUGAAGAAUGAUAUAAUUGUUUCAGAAUAUUGUAAAACUUUUUUGUUUAUUUUUUACACACAUUCAAUAGUGAAACGGAUAGAAGAACCCAAAAUGAUAUAUCUAAAAACUGUGAACGAAUGCAACAUAAACGAAACGUUAAACACUAUACAAACUGAGUUUCCGUUAAUUCAUCGAGCGAAUUUUGUUAUCAAUAUUGUUUCUAAAACAUCCAUAUUUUUUGUUUUGCUCGACAGAUGAUAAAACAUAUGUAAUAUUAGAAUGUUCUUUUUUAUUAUAUAUAAUUGUUUUCACAAGCGUGACAUUCGUGCCCACACUCGUGUUGUCCUAUUAUGUUCGUCGAUUCAGCUGUAUCAGUUAGUGUUUAGUUCCCGGCAUGCGAGUGGCAAGCAACGCAAGUGAAAGUGAAAACGCGCGAAGCAAAACAACGGUUAAAACACAUCAAAAUAGAGAAAUAUGAUAUCGCAAGCAUCCAUUUAUACAUGAAUCUAAUUCAUCAUUCUGUGAAUCGCUAAUUGUAACAAGGAAAAAAAAUAAGUAAAGAAUACCAAAACCUAUUUCUUUGAAAUCGGGAAUUUUCAGACUGUUAUUGCCCACGUUUCAAUGUAACUCCUGUCUUUAGAAUUUACUCCCCAAAUAUAAAGCAAACAGUGUUUUGCUUACUUACACCGAUAGCCUCUCUGAGAAUGAAAUAUUUACUAUAUUUUUUUGUUGUUCUUUAUUGGUCUACUCUUCGUGUACGUUUCAUAGUAUGGCACUAGAUUCCUAUAGCAGUCAGUACAUGAAUCGCUGUAUCCGAAUGUGGUUUUUAUUUCGAAUUUGCUAGAAACCAGCAGGUUUUGAACAAAAAACCACGCCAUUGUACGAACCCCUAUCCAAAGGAACCUCGCCUGAGAAAGAAUCACAUUCUACUAAGCUAGGCAAAACGCAACACACAUAUACAAGAAUAUUUAUCGCUUGAAACGUAAACGUACUAUUAUAAGUGUGAAUAAAGUGAAACUAAUUUAGGGAUUAAAAAUUGACAACAGAAAAGAAAUGCGAAAUAAUAAGCAACUAAAAUUGUGGAGGAGAAUCAUGGAUUCACCCGAGUGAAACCAACUGGAAGGAGGGAGGCUAUCGUUAUCAAGUAUAAGUGUCUUGAUAAACUCCCUGUUUUUUUUAAUAAUCAUAAACUUGAUCUAGUCUUCGUAACAAAAGCAAGCAAACGAAAAGAAGAAAAGCAGCAACAAGAAACAAAUAAGAAACAUCAAAAACAAUGCAUUACUAGACCCUUCACAGCUAACUACUAAGCAAAGCAACAAAACAUUCACGCCAAGUACACACAACUAGGACACUUUUCUUUCAAGCGUCGAUGAAAUAUCAUACCGAUCAGCAUGCAUAUGAAAUACAAAAACAAAAACCAAACUACGUACAUACAUACACAUACAGAUAAACAUUGAAAAACAAAAAAAGGAAAAAAAUGUGUAAACUUCAUGAGACAACGGGAUCAAAAAAAUCAUGUGAAAGCCAUUGAAUGUUAACUUUUCAUCGUUAAAAAGCAAACAAAAAUAAUGAAAGCUAAAAAUCCCUUCAGAAAAUGUAACGAAACGCUUCUGAUUUUUGUCCCGUAUAUGCUAAUUCAAGACAGAAAUUUUGAGAAAUAAAUACUGAAACUGCAAAGAAAAACAAUAAAAAACAAAACAAAAAAAAACAAGAAAAAACAUGAAAAAUAAAAUAAGAAAAAAAAGUCAAUAAACAAUGUAAUUUAAACGAAAAUCUCUACUGUAACCAGGUAAACAUAAAAGAUUAAUGAAACAUUGUAAGGCUAAUUACGCAAACAAACUAUAAUUCAGACAACAUUGUGAAUGCAAGCAAGGAAACAAAAAGAAGAAAUCAGUAAUAAAAGCAAAAAAAAACAAAGGUAUCUAAACCAAGUAACUAAA